GCUACAUCGUGAGUACAUAAUCUGUUAAUUAAAACAGAUAUCUGUUUUAGAAUUCUUUCAUAUUUUUUGCCUGGUAACGUAUACAGUAACGCUUAAAAGCGAACUGCGAAAAAACUAAGAGGUAUUACAAUAUGGGCACUGAGGCAUAUCCAGAGUCCAGUGGGGCCAAAGAAGUGAAAGGAUCUAAGUCUGUACGGCUGUUAGACUCAGUGAAGAAGUAUUUGUUUGUUAUGGGAACAGGUCUUCUACUGUUUGCUGCAGUUAGGAACUCAUUCCAUUGGCAGAUUCACAGAAUAUGGGGAGCAACUGGGAGUCUCUGGCAGAGUUGUUGGGACUACAUCUACAACAAGUGGGGUCAUGACAAUGAAUUUAUGUUUAGUUUUGCUGCAAUGUGGUUGGUUUCCAGUUGUGUGUUCUGGCUGGGUAAUUCAUUCUUUAUGUUGCUGGAUAUAACCGGGAUACCACAAAGCCUGAAAAAGUACAAGAUACAGGAAGAAGUCACGUUGGACAUGCCACAAUUUAAGAAAACUCUCAAGCUGGUUUUGUUCAACCAGAUUGUAAUUGGACUGGUGUUUUGUUACGGUGUGGCAUUUGCAUUUCAACAGCGUGGAAACUCAAUUGGUGGAGAGUUACCAUCGUUUCCCUGGGUGAUGUUUGAAAUACUCAUCUUCUCACUUGUUGAGGAGUUCUUCUUCUAUUACUCACACAGAUUACUACAUCACCCACGUCUGUAUAAACACAUUCACAAGAGGCACCAUGAGUGGACGGCUCCUAUCGGCAUAGUGGCUAUAUAUGCUCACCCAAUAGAGCACCUGAUCAGUAAUAUUCUUCCUCCAGCGCUGGGUCCCCUCUUCAUGGGAUCCCAUCUUGCGACCGCAUUACUGUGGUUCAGCAUUGCACUGAUGUCGACAACAAUCUCCCACUGUGGAUACCAUCUCCCUCUGUUUCCGUCCCCCGAGGCACACGAUUAUCAUCACCUCAAGUUUAAUCAGAACUAUGGAGUGCUUGGCGUCCUGGAUCGUCUACAUGGUACCGAUGUACAGUUCCGGAACAGCAAGCAAUACCAGCGUCAUUUGAUGCUGCUCAGCCUAGUUCCCUUGUCUCAACAGUAUCCCAGCUCGCCAAAGAAAAAACCAGAAUAGAUUAUGGUUGAAAUUAAAAUUUUAGCCGCUUUACAAAGCUUUUGUGUUAAAUGUGCUUUAUAAGAUUUGUAAAUGAGACUAGGAACAAAAGUAUUACAAAUGUCAGAAAGGGUUACACAGGAUUUGCAGUGGGAAAUGGCUUAUAAUUUUUGGAAGUUUCAGAAGUUAAUUGCCUUGAUGUUUAAUGUAAACAGAUGUCUUAUAAAGCAUAAAGAAUUGCUUCUGAAUCGUCACAGAUAUAGAUAUUUUUGCCAUUUUUUUGUACAAAAACAAAAACAACUGGGCAUUCAUCUUCAAAGUUUGAUGAAAAUGUUGGUAAGGAGUCCUUUUACUAAGAUUUUCAUGCUUUAUGAGACAGUUUUUAUUAUAAUGAAAUAUCAGCGUAAUAAUAGCAAAUUAUUUUACAUGUUGCCAUUAACUUUCAAAGUUUCUCGAAAUUUUGGACCAUUUUCUUCUACAAAUCCUUUUGUACACCUUUUGAUGAUUGAUUGAUUAUUGCUGUUUUUACUGUCUGCCUGUCUGUAUUUGCAGUAGAUAUAAUUGCUUGUAAAAGAGCUGAUAGUGUUAUGUGUUUCACAAGUUGGGCAUAUAUAGCCAAAUUCUGCCAAGCACACACAUUGUUAAAAAUAGUGAAUUUUUAGCCUCUUGAAAUGAGCCAUGCCAUGAGAAAACCAACAUAGUGCAUCUGUGCAGUCUGGUCAGGAUCCAUACUGUUCGCUAAUGGUUUCUCUAAAUGGAAUAGGGUUUGAAAGUGAAUAGUAUGAAUCCAUCUUGGUUGCAAACGCACUAUGUUGGUUUUCUCAUGGCGCGGCUCAAAUAUCUCAUUUUACAGAAGUUUCAUGUCAUCUGCUAUUUUUGUACACAUUUUUUUUUCUCAGAAAAUUUUAAAAUUGAUAAAUUGUUUUGUUUAAAUAGAGAAUAUUUUAUUACUUCCCUUUUGUAAAUAUGUAGCCACUCUAAUCUUUAUAUGAAAUUGUUGUUUUAGCACUGUUUAAAUUCUCCAAGAAUUCUCUCUUUUCACUUUUGAAUAUAAAAGACAAAAUCUUGGAAUACUAAAAGCAAAAACAAUGUGAUAUGAUAUCACACUUACAAUCCAAGGGAGAGAAACCUUAUCAUAAGUUGAACAAUCAGACAUUGAGUUAUUCAGCUUGGAAAAGUGUAGAUAACUGUUAAUGUUAUUUGUGGUUGUAUUGUGAAAUUUGACUUUCUUUUUAAUUAUUAGUUAUAAAUAAAUGAGUUUUCUAUUUUUAAAAGAAAAAAGCAGCCCUUUUACAGCUUCAUACAUUUUUUUGUGUCCACAUAAAACGUUUUUGGAUGCACUUAGAUUUGCCUCUGUCUGUCUGUCCAUCUGUCCAUCAUUUGUGUUCAGCAUACCUCAAAAAGUGUUUUACAUAGUCAUCAGACCUAUCUAAUACUCAACGCAAAAAGUGGAAAACUGCAUUGACUUAAAGAAGGACUUGUUCACUUUUUGCGCUAAGGUGACGAUAUCUCAAGAAGUAUGUGACCUAUAGUUACGGCAAUUCAUAGGAAGGUUGUCCCCCACACCACCACUCCUACCCAAACUCCUAGGGAUAACUUCUGUUUAUUGCCGGAUUGAAUAACAUUAUUGAAGCUUCAUAAGAUUAUAAGUUACUUAUUAAUUUAUUGCUAAUAAAAUAAUUGUCUUUGAAUAACUUUUAGUAGGGUAGAGUAUUAAAAUUUAUUGUCCUAUUAACUUAAUAUAACAGUUGUAAGUAGCUGCUGGAUAACCAAAAUGAUUAGAUCCAUCUUAUAGUUUUACUCAUAUGUCAGCUCCUGUGUAUCUUCAGUGUGGUAACAGGGUUUUAGAAAUGUCUUUAUAAUUUUUAAACCCAAUAAAAAUGAUUGGUGUGUGUCAUUCUAAAGGUUCCCAGAGUGUUAUUAUAGAUUGUAGAUUAUAAUGAAGAUGACCUUUAUUUAACAAUAAUACAUUUUUGUGUCC